AUGCUGCUCUGUCAAGCUAGCACAAGUUGUAUGCCCUCUCCAGGAACAAUGUCCAUCUACCUCAACACGAAAAAAAAAAAGGUCGUCUACCUCAACCCAGACGAAAAUUCCCUCUACCGCCACAUGAACAAAAAGUCCAUCUACCGCCACGCCUUCGAGAACUACUCCAUCAAGUGGGGCGAAAUCCGCUACGACAGCCUCGAGUCCCAGAUCACACAUCUCAAAGAUCUGUCGACGCUCAACAAAACACGCCUUUCGAACCACCGCAUCUACGAGUCGCCAAGACUCCGCAAUGCGCACCGAGAGGCGUAUGCACGCUGCUCUUCGGACAAGAGGCUUGGAUUUAGCUUGGAGCUGUCGAGGCAGAUUCGAAAGCUGCUGAAGGGGCCGGGGAGGGGGGAGUAUAAGCUUAGGAUGGUGGGAGGCCAAGGAGGUACGGCAAAGAUCAGAAGUAGGUCGGCGAAGACUGUGGCGGUGGCUGAACGUGCGGCGAAUUGGCGCGGGAGAUUGAGGCCUGUAAAGAAGGAUGUGGGAUAUAAAAUCUAA